GAGAAUGGCAUCAGUCACCUUUGGUAACUUCAAACAGCUCCAAUCAGCUUCCAAAACACCAAAAAACCCAAAUCUAUCAAGAUGAAAUCCUUCGUGUGCUUUGCCAUCAUCGCUCUUGCCGCCACCGCCUUGGCCACACCCACCAAUGGAGGAUCUGCUGCCAUCACCACCUCCAACACUGGAGCAGCUGUUGCCGGCCAAGAAUCCGAAGCUGAGGGCUAUGGUGAUCUGACCCGCUUCCGCAAGUCCGCUUACGGUGGCGGCAGCUCCGGCGGCUAUGGUGCCUCCAGCAUCCCAGCUCCACCAUGCCCCAAGAACUAUCUGUUCAGCUGCCAGCCUAAUUUGGCCCCAGUUCCAUGCAGCGCCCCAGCUCCCAGCUAUGGCUCUCCCGCCGGUGCCUACUCCUCUCCAGUGGCCUCCUACAUUGCCCCCAACUACGGUGUCCCACAGCAUCAGCAACAGAUCUACGGCGCCGCCUACGUCCCCCAGACCUUCGGCUACCAAUACUAAAAGGAUCAGCCAACAAUUCGAUCAUUUGUCCCGGAACUUGAAUGCCAUUGCUGAGAACCAAAAUCUUUGCUAGACAGAAAAUGUACAAAAAAAUAUUUAUUGCAAAUUAAAAAAGCAAAAAACAAACAAA